AUGACUCAUCAGUGUAAUCGUAGCUCUGCACGAACUCCCUCUCAGGUAAUCUCACUGGCCGGCGAACACUUGUACAGCUUCGAGCCAUCGGAAUUUCAAAAUGUUUCGGAGUUGGCCGCGCGCGUGGCCACCAUUAUGCAGGUGCCAAACUGUAGCCUUGCGACGGCUGCGGGCGAGAAGCUCUCGCCGCAUGCGGCACUGGACACCCUGGGCGAGGAAGAGCUGACGGCAGUGGUGAUGCUGGACCCCCUGUUUGUCAUGCUUCAGCUGCAGAAGCCGGAUGGAACGCUCCUAUGGCCCAACCUGGGCGAGCUGCAUGCAGCUGCAGAGGCUGCUGAGGAGCAACUGAUUCGGUGCGCCUGUGGUAUCGGCGCUCCUGGACAUUUGUGUGGUAUGCCUUGCCUUCCCUGGGCGGACAAGACGGUGCCUGCCCCUCCAAUGUUCCUUAAGGAUCCGCGCGAGCAUAGGACCUUCAUGGUCAGUGCACCGACCUUUAUUUUCGGUGACAGUGAGGAGAAGUCUAGCGGCUGCCCUAUGCAAGAUGACACUCCUGUGAUCCAUGCUGGCGCUCGCGUAAUCGUCUACGGUGAAAAGCACAUUCACGGGAAGCAGGAGAGAAGGGUUAUCGACGUGGGAGAUGCCCCUAUGACCCUCAAAGAUCUGCAGGCUCUUUGCAACGACAGGCCAGACCUUGACGAAAAGAAAGCGGAGGUGGCACACAUCGACGGAGAAGUCAUCCAUGCGACCAUCAAACUGAGGUCGUAUUCUCGAGAUGAGAUUGCCUUUCAGCUUGAGCAUUCAAGGUACAACUUUGACGAUCUGUGA